AUGUGAUUAAUAAAAAUGAACAGUGAGAAUAAAUAAUAAUUUAACAUUGCCGGCCACUUUCUCUUCCAUCCACAGAAGGGAAUUCGAAGGGAUGUGCACAUUAGAGAAGAGAGGCAAUAUCUUCCUCCUAACUUUAACCGGCACCGAUGAGCACCGUUUACAUCCCAACCUUAUCGACGCCGUCAGAGCCGCUCUCCGGCGCGUCAGAUCCGAAUCUACUUCCUCUUCCUCCGCUCUGAUUACCACAGCCCAAGGCAAAUACUUCUCCAAUGGUUACGAUCUUAAGUGGGCCUUAGCGGAUACCACUAAGGCACGCUCACAGCUCAUGUCCAGAAAGCUCCGAUGUCUCGUUUCCGACCUAAUCACCCUACCUAUGCCCACAAUCGCCGCCGUAACCGGACACGCUUCAGCUGCCGGCUUCGUCUUCGCGCUGUGCCAUGACUACAUCCUGAUGCGCAAGGAUCGAGGGUUUUUCUACAUGAGCGAGCUGGAUAUUAGGUUUUCGAUACCGAUUUGGUUUUCGGCUUUGAUAAAGUGCAAAAUGGGGUCGCCGGCGGUUUGGCGUGAGGUGGUGAUGAAAGCUGCGAAAGUGACGGCUGAGAUGGGAGUCCGAAUGGGUUUUGUUGAUUCGGCUCAUAAUGGAGUUGAAGAGACUGUGGAGGCAGCAAUUAAGUUAGGUGAAGAAUUGGUGAGCAGAAAUUGGGAUGGAAAAGUGUACGCUGAUUGUAGGAAAACUCUGUAUGUGGAGCUACUAAAUUCUCUUGGUUCGGAUGAGACUGUGGGAGAUUAUGGGGAUGGGGCCGCAAACAAGAGUCUAUCCAAGCUGUGAGUAGUCUAUGAUGGAUUAUGUUAUUGAAUUUUUUAAAAUUAUUAUCCUACUCGUUGAAUCCUUAAAAAAAAAAAUAUUAUGAUAUUUGUGUGCUUUUAUUAUAUUGUAUGUUAUCACCAAAUUUGAAUGUGUAAUAUAAAAUAUAUUAAAAUGUCUUA